CGAAUUCUCAAUUUUUAUUGACAGUCUGUGUAAAACGAUAUACACCGACGGUGCAUUGUGUUACAUCGUAAAAACGCAGAACAACAGUGUUUCAACACAGUCACUUGGUCUAAACUAAAGAAAUAGACACCUUAAUGCUGCGACUUGCACUGCAAAGAGUUUCAUUAUCAUCUUCUUCUUCUUCCUGUUCCCGGUUCAUUACCGGUUCGGCUUCAAAACCAAGCUUAUCAAUAUGGAGGCGAAAGAAAGAGCUGGGUAAAGAAGGUCUCAUCAUUACCAAAGAGCUCAAGAGACUCCAAACCGACCCGGUUCGCUUAGACCGGUUUGUCCGGUCCAAUGUUUCUCGCUUGCUCAAGUCCGACCUUGUUUCUGUCCUCUUUGAGUUCCAUGGACAGGACAAUGUCUUUCUCUCUAUGAAGUUGUACGAUAUAGUGCGCAAAGAAAUAUGGUACCGACCGGACAUGUUCUUUUAUAGGGACAUGCUUAUGAUGCUUGCAAGAAACAAAAGGGUGGAUGAAACAAAGAGGGUGUGGGAUGAUUUGAAAGGAGAGGUGGAUGAAACCAUAUAG